GCACUACAGCCAGCAGCAGCUAGCUAGAUACACAAGACCAUCAGCUCCGACACAGCACUACAGGCGCUGCAUGUCAAGCCAUCAUUGCGGGUUGCGGGGGGGUAUGAUGGGUUCCGCGUGGACGAGUGGCUCCUCUCAUCCUGACCUUCGCCCCCCUCCUCGCUUCUCCGCUCGCCCAAACCAACGGCGAGAGGGAGAAUCGCAUCGGAAACGUGCGGCGCGAUGCGAAAGAGAGAGAAUUUAAAAAGCCACCACGAAAUGUAAUAAAUAAAUAACUGAUUGAGAGCGCGAGCAGGCAGCGGGCAAUGAUUGGGGAGCGGAGACAAUGGGCCCGGGCUCACAGGAGCGCGGAGGAUAACGGGACGCGACAGCCGAGUUCACGGCAGCAUCAUCGGCAUCAUCAGCACACGGUACGGCCCCGGCUUGUCCCGGACGCGGAGUCAUCGCCGCCGCCUCCUCCGCCUCCCCACGGCGACACGGGGGAGCCACGCAAGGGGGACCGGGACCCCCGCGGGAUCGAUCUCUGGGGGUCGGUGGGGGGGGUGUGAAGCUGGCGAUGGCGCAGGGCCCCGAGGAUGCGCUCAGGCCGCUGAUGAGAAACUACCGGUUCAGAGACCUAACACUCAUGGAGGUGCGCCUGGCAGGAGCCCGAUACGCUGAGCUGCAUCCAGGACGAGACGUCUACGUGGCCACGAAUGGGAUUGACAAGAAUUUGCUGCAUCUCAGUGGAACAAUCCCUGUGAUUUAUGAAGGGGUCGAGUACAACAUGCCCGUGCGCCUGUGGCUCCCCGAGUCGUUCCCGUACAGCCCCCCGCUGGCCUUCGUGCAGCCUACGCAGGAUAUGAUUCUCAACCCCGGGCACCACGUGGACUCACGCGGCCGAGUGUAUUUGCCCUACCUGCAGCACUGGACGCAUCCGAACUCCACCACGUGUGGCCUCCUGCAAGCCAUGGCGGACGUCUUUGCCAAGGAGCCGCCCGUAUCGGCUCUCCCGAGGGGGCCCACAAGCCCGCCUUCUUACAACUCCUGGCAGUGACCAAACCCAUCGACCUCACCAAGGGGCGUGCUUGGGGUUCUCAGACCGGCGAGCCAGUCCAGGCGGUGCCCCCUGACGGGAUGUGCCAUGACACUUGACUGACUGGAGCCUCGAGAGCUUUGAAGAGCGAUGGGAGUGCAGAAGGAAUUGGUGUGGGGGUGCUGGGUGGACACGUGGGUAUUGGUGCAGGGCGAGUGCGGUGGCACUAUAUGCGUCGCACGCAGCACCAAUUGUGUGCUUCUGCUGGGAGUAGCAGGGAGGUGCGAGGCGGGGGGGGUGUUUUGUGCAGCGACUCGAGCUGGUUUCCCAGUGGAAUGCCUUUUACUGUCACACAAGACAUCAUGGCAUUUAGUAUAUACUGACUUAUUUAAAAGCAUACUCACGUGGGAAUUACUAUAACAAUGGCCAAUACCAAGAGUCUGCUCAAGGUUAUGGUUGAUCUCCAGGUUGGUGGUUUUGUGUAAUGUAAUUCAUUUAAGUGUUUGCUAUAACACGGUUAUGUAAAGUGAAAUGAUUCAGACGAAAAUUUAAGAUAGAUUUUUCUGGCUUUUUUCUCAAGCCAUAGAAAUAUUGAGUCACAAGAGACAAAUGGAAGGCUUGCUCCAGAGUUGGAGCUGAAUAAUGGGGCAGGUCAUUUAUUUGAAUGUUUAUGUUUUAACAAAGUUUCCUUGCGAGCCAUUUGUGCCUUUUAACAGAUUUAUAUCUGCGAGUACAUUGUGCUUGCCAAUCAUGAAGAUAAUGAGCAAUAAUGCAGGGCUGCAGGCGAUGCAUUUUUUAUAUAUAAUGGUGUUUGGCCCCCUGUUGCUGGUGAACAGAACAUGACUGGAGCUGCGAUUUGAGUCACUGAAUAUUCAGAUAACCAACAACAAGCCAUUCAGCAGGGUAUUCUCGCCUGUCACUCAUUUCUAUCGUGGGAACAAGUUGCACACCGUUUAAUAUUUUUUUUGUAGCACAUUCCAGUGGCUGAAUGUGGAACCACUUCACAGGUGGUGAUGAGUAGUGGGACUGAGACUCUUAAUACCUUCAGCUUGGGCAAACAGGCAUUGGCAAAGUAAAUACUGUAUAUGCAAGAGCAUAACUAGUAUGCUUUUCAGAUGAGCACUUGUGCGAAUGUACAAGGAAACGUGAAAAGUAUGUAUUAUUACUUACAUUGGAAAAAAAUAUGCAAAUAUAUGUUGAAGAUUUUUGAUGUAGUAAUAGCAUGAGGAACAUGUGACCUAGGUUUGGUCUCGUGUGUGUGUGCGCGAUUGCUUUUGUGAAAGGAACAAAUUCAAACUUGAGCACUGCUCCCGUCCCAUUAGAAUAACGUCAACACGUUCCAGUAAUUGUGUUUUCACUUGCAGUAAUUGUGUUUUCACUUCGACCAAAUUAUAUCAGAACAUUUUCUGUAAAAAAA